UUGUUUUGCUCGCACCUGCCACACGCAUGCAGCAGGCUGGAGCAGAAAGCAAGAGCACUGGCCGAAGCAGCAGAGCCAACAGCAGCCGUAGCAGCAGCAGCAGCAGCAGCAGCAGCCUUUGAAACCCUUCCAUUGAGAAUAGUUGGACAGGGAGAAUAUUGGCACUGACAUCUCUUGGAAGAGGCGUGCAUGCUCCAGCCGAUACAGAGGAACUUAAAGGUGGUGCUGAUGAACGGCUGAUCCUACAGAGCUGAUGCGUUUGCCACAAGAGCUGGGAGAGAGGAAGGCAGCAAAUCAUCCAGACUAUCUCAAAGGAAAGCAUUUUCUUGCAUAAUAAUUAGGAAAAAAAGAAGAAGCUCUUUGAAGAGCAUCCAUAAUGGACAAAUGUAGCCUUUGGGGAGAUGCUGUCAUGAUUUCUGUCCCCUCUUUACCGAGAUAAAAAGGAGUCAUCCUGGAGCUUCCAACGCAAUUCUUUGGGGUCCUUUUUGGUCAUUGUUCUCAUCUUCUGCUUAUGCAUUGCUAUUUGCUGACCUUUCCCACUGGAGUCUGUGCCCCCCCUUCCCAGUUGCUCCACCCUGUACAGUUCCAGCUGAGAAGAGGCACUGUUUCCUCAAACCAUGCCACGAAACACCCAUAAGGUACCUUUCACAAACGAUGAACCUUGGUGUUGAGAUUCUUUUGUCAGGGUGGUAGGACAUUGUUGCCAUUCAACAGGAAAUAAAAUCAGAAGCUCAAAGAGAAGGAGCAAGGGAGACUGAAACAAAACCAUCUGAGAAUCACUAGCAAAGGAGGGGCAAGCACCUUUUUCUUGAAAGUGUUCCACAGCCAAAUUCAGCCAAGACGGAGAACAUCAUCAGUUUGAGAUACUCAGGAGUGGAGAUGAGAAUGCAAACAGUAGUAAAGAAGAAUGAUUGAUUGCACCAUGACAUCACAAAGUAGUCUUUAACAUCUGUUUUUGGCUAGCAACUCUUUCUCAGGCCCGCAUGAUGCCUGAAGACAGGAAUACGGGGGUUCGUGCCUCGGGUGCCCUGGCAUCCUCCCCCUUCGUUCCCAAAACUACUUACAGGAGGAUUAAGCGAUGUUUUAGCUUCCGAAAAGGAAUUUUUGGGCAGAAGCUGGAAGACACAGUUCGUUAUGAGAAACGAUAUGGAAACCAUUUGGCUCCGUUGCUGGUAGAACAGUGUGUGGAUUUUAUUCGCCUGCGGGGGCUGAAGGAGGAAGGACUUUUCCGACUGCCAGGCCAGGCUAACCUUGUCAAAGAGUUACAGGAUGCCUUUGAUUGUGGAGAGAAGCCGCUGUUUGACAGAAAUACAGAUGUGCACACAGUGGCAUCGCUUCUGAAACUCUAUCUCAGGGAGCUCCCUGAGCCAGUUAUCCCAUAUUCCAAAUACGAAGAGUUUCUUUCCUGUGCCAAAAUGCUCAGCAAAGAAAAGGAAACGGGGCUGAAUGAAUUAGCAAAGCAAGUGAAGAAUUUGCCGCUCGUCAACUUUAAUCUACUAAAGUACAUCUGCAGAUUCCUGGAUGAAGUUCAGUCCUAUUCUGGAGUCAACAAAAUGAGUGUGCAAAAUCUUGCUACUGUGUUUGGCCCCAACAUCCUCCGCCCCAAAGUGGAAGAUCCUCUGACAAUCAUGGAAGGUACUGUUGUUGUCCAGCAGUUAAUGUCCAUGAUGAUAAGUGAACAUGAACUGUUGUUUCCCAAGGAUGCAGAUUCUCAAAGUGGACAGGAGGUUUGCAAUAACAACAAUGAGAUCCAAAAGAAAGUGAUCAUUGGUCAGCUCCAGAACAGAGAAAAUAAUAAUACUAAGGACUCAUCACCAGUGAGGCGAUGCUCAUGGGAUAAACCUGAAUCUCCUCAAAGAACCAUUGUGGACAAUGGGUCUCCUACAGCUCAGCCUGGAAGCAAAUCAAAUAGCCCAAGGAACAGCAUUCACAAACUGGACAUGACCAGGAGUCCACCCCUCACAGUGAAAAAAAACCCAGCAUUUAAUAAAGGUAGUGGCAUAGUCACCAAUGGGUCCUUCAGUAGUUCUGUAGAGGGUCAAGAGAAAACAUCACCAUCCUUACCCAAUGGUACAUUACAGACGAGAAGAACAUCUUCUCUGAAAGGGCCAGUAACUAAAAUGGGCACACACAGUGUACAAAAUGGAGGGGUGCGAAUGGGUAUUUCAAGCACUGAUGCCCACAGCAACUCUUUGAACAGCCGUUGCCAGAGCUGGAUGCCUAAUGGGUAUGUGACCUUGAGGGACAACAAGCAAAAGGAGCCUAUGAGUGAUUCAGGCCAGCAUAACAGACUUUCUACUUAUGAUAAUGUGCACCAACAGUUCUCAACACUGAAUGCUGAAGAUAAGCAGAGUGUUGAUAGUGCAACCUGGUCCACGUCCUCUUGUGAAAUAUCCCUUCCUGAACAUUCCAACUCCUGCCGAUCGUCCACCACGACUUGUCCUGAACAGGACUUUUACGGGGGCAAUUUUGAAGACCCUGUAUUAGACGAGCCCCAACCUGACAAUCUCCUGAACCCAGCAGAUUGUGAGAGCAAAGUUGACCGAAGAAGUGUUGGGGGCCGAAGCAGCAGGGCUACUAGCAGCAGUGACAACAGUGAAACGUUUGUUAACAACACAGGCAAUCACAGUGCUUUGCACAGCCUUGUUUCAAGCUUAAAGCAAGAAAUGGCAAAACAAAAACUGGAGUAUGAGACAAGGAUAAAAAGGCAUCCUGUUACUGAACCACUGCCAAGUCUGAAAAACAUUGUGGUGAGAGGAUUUCUCUUCAUCCUGGCUCUUCUGGACUCCAGACGCAAUGGAAGAAUCUCUUCCUGUUUACGUCAGAGCCUUGAACAGCGGAAUAUCUCGCUGGAGACCGAAAUGAUGAACCUCCACGAUGAAUUGGAGCAAGAGAAGAAGAAGUUUACAAUGGUAGAAAUCAAAAUGCGUAAUGCUGAGCGGGCCAAAGAAGAUGCUGAGAAAAGGAAUGACAUGUUGCAGAAAGAGAUGGAGCAGUUUUUCUCAACGUUUGGGGAACUGACAGUGGAGCCGCGUAGGACAGAAAGAGGGAACACCAUAUGGAUCCAGUGAGGGCUGUUCCUGCCGCUCACCAAGACUAUGGGAUUCUGGGAAGAGGGUUGCUGUGAUAUUUUAUUGCAACAGGUGACUGGUCACCUGACUGAGGCUAGCACUCAAUGUAAUGUUACCAGACCUCCAGAGAGACUACCGUGGCUACAUCAACCAAUCAUAUCUCUGCAAGUUGCUUCUCAAUUGAGAGAUUCAUGCUCCCUGAAUCCAUUAUCAUGCUACUGUUAAGUGUUACAGCAGGCUUUGGGCAUAUAGAUUUUAAAUAGGUUAUGUGGGAGGGGGGACGAUAGAAAGAAACAAAAUAUUAUUUUAAUGCAAGUCUUAUAUUUAAACUGUCAGAUGUUAACUUCAUUGCAAUCAAGCUUUUCUCCCUUGCACUUAACAUAGUAAGCUAUUUUUGGCAUUGUGUUAUAAUCGGCUAAUUUUGUAUAUUAUUUCCCCCCCUUUGGUUGCCCUGUCAUUGCAGAAUUAAUUAUAUAUAUAUAUAUAUAAAUAUAUAUAAAUAUGCACACAUAAUAUAUAUGUAUAUUU